AUGGAAAAGAUGCUGGUGGGCUGCUUUCUGCUGAUCCUUGGACAGAGCCUCCUCCUCCCUGCUGAGGCCAGAGAGUGGCCACCCUCGAGGUCCAUCUCCAGAGGGAGACACCCUAGGACCCACCCUCAGACGGCCCUCCUGGAGAGCUCCUGUGAGAAUAAGCGGGCAGACCUGGUCUUCAUCAUUGACAGCUCCCGCAGCGUCAACACCCACGACUAUGCCAAGGUCAAGGAAUUCAUUGUGGACAUUUUGCAGUUCUUGGACAUUGGCCCUGACAUCACCCGAGUGGGCCUGCUCCAGUAUGGCAGCACUGUCAAGAAUGAGUUCUCCCUCAAGACCUUCAAGAGGAAGUCCGAGGUGGAGCGUGCCGUCAAGAGGAUGAGGCACCUGUCCACGGGCACCAUGACAGGGCUGGCCAUCCAGUAUGCCCUCAACAUUGCUUUCUCAGAAGCAGAGGGGGCCCGGCCCCUGAGGGAGAACGUGCUGCGGGUCAUAAUGAUCGUGACGGAUGGGAGGCCACAGGACUCAGUGACCGAGGUGGCUGCAAAGGCACGGGACACAGGCAUCCUGAUCUUUGCCAUUGGUGUGGGCCAGGUGGACCUCAACACACCGGUCCACAUGUGCAGCCUCCGGAAGCAUAACUGUGCCCACUUCUGCAUCAAUACUCCUGGCUCAUACGUAUGCAAGUGCAAACAAGGGUACAUCCUCAACUCGGAUAAGAAGACUUGCAGAAUCCAGGAUCUGUGUGCGGUGGAGGACCAUGGCUGUGAGCAGCUCUGUGUGAACGUGCUAGGCUCCUUCGUCUGCCAGUGCUACAGUGGCUACACCCUGGCUGAGGACGGGAGAAGGUGUGUGGCUGUGGACUACUGUGCCUCAGAAAACCACGGAUGCGAACAUGAGUGUGUGAAUGCUGACGGCUCCUACUUUUGCCAUUGCUUUUUUGUCAAUUGUACCUCAAUAAAACUAAAAACAAAGAUAGACUACUGUGCCUCACCUGAUCAUGGAUGUCAGCAUGAGUGUGUUAACACAGACGAUUCCUAUUCCUGCCGCUGCCUAAAAGGCUUUACCCUGAAUCCAGAUAAGAAAACCUGCAGAAGAAUCAACUACUGUGCGCUGAACAAGCCGGGCUGUGAGCACGAAUGUGCCAACACGGAGGAGGGUUACUACUGCCGCUGCCGCCGCGGCUACACCCUGGACCCCAACGGCAAGACCUGCAGCCGGGUGGAUCACUGCGCGGAGCAGGACCAUGGCUGUGAGCAGCUGUGUCUGAACACCGAGGAGUCCUUCGUCUGCCAGUGCUCGGAAGGUUUCCUCAUCAACGAGGACCUCAAGACCUGCUCCCGGGCUGAUUAUUGCUUGCUGAGCGACCAUGGUUGCGAAUACUCCUGCGUCAACACGGACAGAUCCUUCGCCUGUCAGUGUCCCGAGGGACAUGUGCUCCGCAGUGAUGGGAAGACCUGUGCCAAAUUGGACUCUUGUGCUUUGGGGGACCAUGGCUGCGAUCAUUUGUGUGUAAGCAGGGAAGACUCUUUUGUGUGCCAGUGCUUUGAAGGGUAUAUACUUCAAGAAGACGGGAAAACCUGCAGAAGGAAAGAUGUCUGCCAAGCAGUAGACCAUGGCUGUGAACACAUUUGUGUGAACAGUGGCGAGUCGUACAUAUGCAAGUGCUUGGAGGGGUUCCGGCUUGCUGAGGAUGGGAAACGCUGCAGAAGAAAGGAUGUCUGCAAAUCAGUCUUUCAUGGCUGCGAACACAUUUGUGUUAAUCGUGGCAAUUCGUACAUCUGCAAAUGCUCAGAGGGAUUUGUUCUAGCUGAGGAUGGAAGACGGUGCAAGAGAUGCUCUGAAGGCCCAAUUGACCUGAUCUUUGUGAUCGAUGGAUCUAAGAGCCUUGGAGAAGAGAAUUUUGAGAUUGUGAAGCAGUUUGUCACUGGAAUUAUAGAUUCCUUGGCGAUUUCCCCCAAAGCCGCUCGAGUAGGUCUGCUCCAAUAUUCCACGCAGGUCCGCACAGAGUUUACCCUGAGAAACUUCAGCUCAGCCAAGGACAUGAAAAAAGCUGUGGCCCACAUGAAAUACAUGGGCAAGGGCUCUAUGACUGGGCUGGCCUUGAAACACAUGUUUGAAAGAAGUUUUACCCAAGCAGAAGGGGCCAGACCUCUCUCCGCACGGGUGCCCCGAGUGGCUAUCGUGUUUACAGAUGGACGGGCUCAGGAUGACGUCUCCGAGUGGGCCAGUAAAGCCAAGGCCAACGGUAUAACUAUGUAUGCUGUCGGGGUAGGAAAAGCCAUUGAGGAAGAACUGCAAGAGAUUGCCUCUGAGCCCACAAACAAGCAUCUCUUCUAUGCUGAAGACUUCAGCACAAUGGGCGAGAUAAGUGAAAAACUAAAGAAAGGCAUAUGUGAAGCUCUGGAAGACUCUGAUGGAAGUCAGGACUCCCCAGCAGGGGAAUUGCCCAAGAGGGUCCACCAGCCAACAGAGUCUGAGCCAGUCACCAUAAAUAUCCGAGACCUACUUUCCUGUUCUAAUUUUGCAGUGCAACACGGAUAUCUGUUUGAAGAAGACAGUCUUUCACGAUCUACACAAAAACUUCUCCACUCGACAAAAUCUUCAGGAAGUCCUUUGGAAGAAAAACCAGAUCAAUGCAAAUGUGAAAACCUUAUCAUGUUCCAGAACCUUGCAAAUGAAGAAGUAAGAAAAUUAACACAACGCUUAGAAGAAAUGACACAGAGAAUGGAAGCCCUAGAAAAUCGCCUGAAAUACAGAUGAAGAUUUGAAAUACUGUGUUUGUACGUCAUUGUAUCAAAGAUUACAAUCAAAAUAGUUCAGAGCCUCAAAGCUCAGGCUAUCAUUAAUUCUGUAAAGUUGUAAAGUAAAACAAUUAGUACUGAGAACGCCGGUUUGCUAUAAAGGCAAAAAGUAGACAUUAACUUGUAUAAAUUUAAUGAGAAAAAAAGUCCUUCAGAAUCCAAAAAUGACUUUACGUGAGAAAUAAGCUAUGCAAGAUGCUCUGUUACAUACUGCGGCUGUGAUUUGCUUUUGCCUGGUCCUGCCUUAAAGUGACAGCCUUCCCAUGGGUUUUGGAAGCCAAAUGAUGCCUUACAAACAAAAUACUUUGAAUAAGCUUGUUUAAAUAUUUCAAGACCAGAGUUUCCAUCAGAAUGUCCUCCCAAAAGGCAGUGUGGUAGUGGGAAGAUCGCAUCUGAUGAUUCUUUCCAAGUUAUAAAAGUUGUGAUUCAAAGUAUUAAACCUUUAUAUUUAUAUUUGAGUCACCCAUUUGAUUCCAAAAACAGAUUUUCAUUAGGACGUAAAGUAUUAACUUGGGUUAGAUGUAAUCAGUUCAGGCAUUGCUUCCAAUGAACUCAUUUUUACUUUGCUUUUUGUUAAGUCCUGGCUCCCUCUAGUGGCUCUAGACUGCCCCUGCUCCCGUUUUCUUUUAAGCUGUUAAAACACACUUGAUCACAGGGUUUAUAACUUCCUCCAACUUGCUGACGAAAAUGCCUUCAAGGGAAACAAAGGCCUCCAAUCAAGCCAACAAAUUUACAAUUAUUCCAAGAUACUGAACUUGAAGAUUGUCUAAAAUUUGAAAUACUUCUCCAUUUUCCUUGUUUUGCUAGAUCUGUAUGUCUCAGGUGUAAAGGUUUUGCAUUCCAGUUUGUGACCUUUCUAAGCCUUGAUGGUAUCAAAUGGGACUAACAGUGCUAUCUCAUUGGAUUGUCAAGAGGAUUAAAUGGGUUAACAUGUACACUAAGUAAAGUCUAACAUGUUUUAAAUGCU